CUCCAUAGUUACGAGCUUACGAGUUUGUUUACUUCAAAGAUUCUUCUUCUUUAGUAGUUUGUGUUCAAAGAGGUGCCUGCUUGAGUUCCUGUAGAUUCUUUAAUGUCAGCCCAUAAUUCCAAUACUUUGUAUAACGGAGUAACGGAGUCGUGGCCAUAGUUGAAGUUUAUCAACUAUAGUAUAACUUUAUUGUGGCCAAAAAUUGUGACUAAGAUGUUAGAAGUACAAACCAAUAAUGAUCAGACAAUACUGGAUUACCUGAAUGAGGACUGCUGGCGUGCUGUGCUGAAAUAUGUACCCGUCCAGGACAUCAUCCGGACGGAGAGCACCAGUAGACAAUGGCAGAGAGUAGUACUACAAUACUUACAAGGAGUUCACAUAAGUAUAUUAUGUGACAAUGAUAAAUCCAGGAAAACUAAUCCAAAUGCUUGUGUUUUGAAACUUUCUCAGUCUAUGUAUUUCUUAAACUACAAGUCAUUUGUUAUGUGGAUCAGUAAACUUGGCACAUCAGUUGCGGCCGCUUAUUGCGACAAUUUGGAAACUUUAAUAAGAAUCAGAGAAAACUGUCCUAAUUUAGAAAGUCUCACGCUUCACAGCUUGCAUAACCAAUGCAGCUGCUGUGGUUUAUUAGAACGGUUCCCAUACAAUCUGAACAUGGACUUCCCGUGCUUGCAGGGGCUGUACUUCUAUUCAUGUAAUAUAUCGGAUAGCUGUAUUACUAAUUUUAUAGCGGACAAAGCAUUAGAAGAAUUAGAAAUAUGCAAUUGUCAGAGAGUGACCGGGGAUUUUUUCAAUACGAUAAACUUGUCAAACGUAAAAUCUCUUGCCUUAGAAUCAUUCGAUGAUUUGGACUCGGAGCACUUGUUCUCAGCUGUCGAGCGCCUUGUUGAGCUAAAGAAGUUGGUCCUUAACUUAAUGCCUGAGGAUACAUUCAAAGGGAUACAAGUAUUGUUGGAUAUGAUGCCCAAAUUGGAAUAUCUAGAAAUAUAUGAUGAGAAACUAGAGACGAUGCCUUGCUAUGAUUAUAAGCCUCUAUCACGUCUGUCUUGUUUGAAGCACCUCGACGUGCAGUACCAACUGUCUGAUGAGGCUGCGGAAGCUAUAUUGCGGGGCUGCAAGGAUUUGAGGACCUUGGAGUUUAGGAACUGUGAAGAUAUGAACGGGAACUUCGUAGCGGAGGCACUGUGUCGCUGGGGCACGCGGCUCCGCUCGCUGUCGCUGAUGGCGCUGGACUUGGACGACGACGAUGUGGUGGCUAUAAUCAGCGGCUGCCCCGAGCUCACGCGGCUGCUAGUGACGGGCGCCUGGCUGUCGCCGCGGCUGCCGGCGCGCGCGGCGGCGGCGCGGCGCGGCCCGCGGCUGCUGCUCGACCUCGCCGGGACUAGUUUAUCGGAUCCGAAAGAAACGAAAGACCUUUACGGGGACUAUGAACCAUUGAAGCUGGAGUACGAAGAACUAAUUAUUGAACUUUAACUUGAAGAUUACUUGAUAUAAUAAAUAGAUACCUAUACUCUGUAUCUUUAGGUAUUUAAAUAAAAGUAAAAAAAAUCUACCCUCAAAUGGCUCCUUAAGCCACUCAACUGGCUUAGGGUAGAUGAAAACAUUACAUGAUCAAAUAAUGUAGGUUAAAGUCAGGUCGUGCAGUGGCAGAUCGAGGCGGUUAUGUAUUUGGUUGGUAAACCAAUGAAUGUUUCUAAUUUUAUUUUAUAAACAUGUGUCUAAUUUUACUUAGGAUACGUAUGACUUUUUUCACCCUUCUGAUUAAAAUCUCAUUUGGUUAGCCUUA